UAUAGAUCGACGUGUUCUUCUCUCACCCGCCAUCUUUGCCAUCCAAGAGAAAGAGAAUGAAAAACGCCACGUGGCUCGUUUUUCCUCCAUUCUUACAUCUCAGUCCUAGGAAAACCCCAAAAUCCUACCCUUUCCUCUUUCCAGAUCUUUCCGGCUGGAGAUCCUCCGGCGUCCGUCAGAUUCCCGGCGAGAAAUGUCACUUCCCGACUCCAACCCGGCGGCGUCGAGCUCGCUCUGGCCGAACCCAUUCCCUCCGUCGCGACAGAAGAACAAAGUAGAGGAGAGCGAUGAAGAUCUUUUCACGGUCCCGGACUUGGAAUCUCGACCGUCCGAUUCUACCAAUGCAUCAUCGGCGGUGAUUCAGCAGAGCACUAGCAGCAGUGCUGCUACCGGGAAGCGUCGGAGAGGAAGGAACCCUGCGGAUAAGGAAUACAAGAGGCUGAAGAGGUUGCUGCGAAACAGAGUCUCUGCACAACAAGCUCGAGAAAGGAAGAAGGUCUAUGUAAAUGAUCUGGAAUCAAAAGCCAGGGAGUUGCAAGACAAGAAUGCCAAAUUAGAGGAGAAAAUUUUGACUUUGAUCAAUGAAAACACCAUGCUUCGGAAGGUCCUCAUGAACACGAGGCCAAAGGUUGAUGACAGUAUUGAUCCUCAAAACGAUCAGUCACACAAUAACUGACAAGUAUAGAUCCUUUGGAAAGCAAGUCUCCAUUGAAGACAGCUCUGUGUUUUAAGCUUCCUUUGUUGGGGUUCUUCAUUUUGUUGUAUUUACAACUUAGAUCGGUCUGGAUGAAAAUAAAUAUGUACAAAAUAUUAUUAGGACUGGUUUUAGGAGCCAUGCCUGUUUAGCUUGUUCCUAUUGAGUCAUUGAUGAUAUCAAAUUGUUGUUUAAUUCCUUAUCCUGUUGGUAUUUUGCUUGUAA